AUGACGUGCGACUUGAUCGGAAAACAAAGUUAUACACAUAAUAAAGAUAAAAAAGCACAUAAUAAGGAAGUCAAUGAAAAUGCAAAGGAAAGGAAAAAACGAGAGUUUGAAUGUGAAGCAGAAAAAGAAAACGUGAUAAAGGAAGUGGAACAAAAACCCCAGAAAGCCAAAGCAAAAAAAGUCAAGUAUCCGGUCGAAGAUUUGGACGUGCCACCUGAUAUAAAAUCUAUGUUUUUAAAAAGACCUUCAUUAAGACAAAAAUUUAGCGUUCCGCAAGAAUGUGUAGGAACCAUGCUAGCAAUUUGGAAUUUUUUAAUAAUCUUUGGGAGGUCACUUUUCUUGUCAUUUUGUACACUUGAUGAUUUUGAGCUUUCACUUUGCCAUAAUGUAGCAAGUCCCAGGUGUAAUUUAGUGGUUGAGAUGCACGUUGCAUUAUUAAACGCAAUUAUUAGAGAUAGAUGGCUUUCAAAAGGCAAAAGACGGCAAAUUGUUCCCCGUAAAGCUGCUGUUAAAAAAAUAUUACAAAAACUAGAACAGAAAUGGGAUAAAAAACCAAUCUCCCUUAAAGAUGGACGAAAAGGUUGGGUGAGCGUCCUUAUUGGAUGCAUUCAACAGGUUUCAAAAGACAACAUCCCAUCUGAAUCAAUUUCUGAAACAAAUUCCAAUGAAAUUACAUUGGUUAAUAUAACAACUAAUGACUUGAUGACUCAAAAACACAAGCUGGAAGAAGAACAAGCCGUGAUGCAAAAAAGAGAAGAGGAAAUUGAAAUAGAAAAACGCAAAUACGCGUUUCCACGAACUACGCCUUUGGGAUAUGACCGUUUCUAUAAUAAAUACUACUAUUUUGAUUGCAUUGGGGAAGCAGUUGGUGAAAGAUAUGGUGCAGGCAGAAUUUUCGUAGAGAUACCUGGUGCUCAUGAUUUGCAGGCAAUGACUGAAAAAGAAGAACAACGAUUUAAUAAGAGAAGAAAAGGUGAAGACAUUGACUAUAGUUUAGGCUCCGAUAAUCAAGCACAAUGGGGAUACUAUGAAGACGCAAGCCAGAUCGAUGAAUUGCAACGAUGGCUUAACACCAAAGGAUCACGAGAAUUGGCAUUGAAUAAUGAAUUGACAGCAUAUUACCGAGAUAUCACUUCGGGCAUGAGUAAUCGACAACAGGACAUAGUUUCUUCACGUACAGAUCAAGAUUUACGAAGAAGUAGGCGUACUAUAGUAACAUUGGCGGUACAAUCGUGCAUGAAGUGGUCAAAUAAAUUAGCUCAAUGA